AUGCUUGUUUUCCCAACACUUGCUCUCUUGCUCGCUUCGCUUUCUUCUGCUGCUCGGAUUGAUCUCGUGCGAGACGAGGCGUCCCAUGAUGCCUCGAUAGAGGCUGACAUGCAGUACGUCUUGCAUAAGUACGCUGCUAUUGCCAGGCACCAUUACAACAGAACGGGUGAGCAUCUGAACAUUGUCAACCUCGAAUAUGUUGACCAGCUCCGUGCUAACGCGCAAAAGCGCGCCAGUAGUCAGACUCGUCUUCGCAAGAGCAAGAAUUGGUCGGGUCAGAUCGAGGUGGGUUUCCCUCCUCAAAAAUCUCUCGUCGUGUUUGACACUGGCUCCGCGGACUUGUUCGUGGACAAGUCCUCAUACCACCCCAAGUUGUCCCUCACUUCCAAGAAUGUGCACAAGCCCUUUGAUUUCUCCUAUGAAACUCUCCAUGUGUAUGGCGAUGUUUACAUCGACGACGUGUCCAUCGGUGGUGUCAAGGCCAAGCAAGUGCCCCUCGGUCAUGGCAGUAAGGACUUUGAUGGUGAGGUUACCGGUGGCACCUUAGGCCUUUCGUUCGCCACGGCUGAAAAUAGGGUGCAUGGUUUCGAGCAGGAUCCUUUUAUGUGGGCCGCCAAGAAGCAGCACCUCAUUCAAUCUAGCACGUACCAGUUUACUCUCCGUCCGAACGGCAAAGCCACGCUCAACGUCGGCAAGAUCGACCUCUUUGAGUUGGGCGGUCUUAUCACCUGGUCUGACAAAAACACGGACAAGACGUUCUGGCGGACGACGGUCGAGUUUAAUGGACACAAGAUGGAAAAUGCUCUUCUAGACACUGGUACGAAUGUGAUCACUGGUCCGAACGACCAGAUCAAGGAUAUACUAGACCAGAUCGAUGGCAUGGAUGUUCAGGUGUUGGAGGAUGGCUCGUAUCAAGGCACCUACGAUUGCAGGCAUCCUCCGAAUCUGGAAUUCAAGGUCCUGGGACAGACCUUCAAGCUGCCUGAAGAAGCUCUGAAUUUCGGUUACGCUGGUGACAAGUGCUUCUCGUCUAUCAUUGGCUCGCCAGGUAUGAACGAAUGGCUCCUGGGCUCUCCUUUCUUCCAGGUGGGUUCCAUCAUCUUCAACUUUGAUGUUCGCCGUAUGGGCAUUGCCAAGUCCAGCUAG